CCGAAAUCAUGUGCUAUUUCGGAGACCGUGGGUUUGUUCCGCUUCCGCGGUAAUAAGGGAGAUACCACUUAGGACCGUCAGGCUGGAGUUGGAGACGACGACCUCUCACAGCCUUCCAAAGACCAGUGUUGCUAGCUGUAGGCUUCCCCUGCCAUUCCCACUCUGUUAUAUCCUCACCCUUUGUUGUUCAUGGGCUUCACAGUGUGACAUCGCAUCCGCAGCAGCCGUACCAGCAACGAUUUCUUCUCACUUCUCUUGAUCGCUAUUUUUCGCGAAAAACCCACAAGCGAUGGCUGUCGUUUAUAGCAGAGCCGCUCACUCGGUUGCGCGUCCUUCCCCCAUCGCAGUUUCAUCUGCUAAACCCUCAUCUAUUACUUGCCCGCAGUUUUCUGGGCUGCGAUGUGUGGAGUUUGGGAGCAGGACCGAGUCUGGGUUCGAUGCCUUGUCGCAGCAGCUGCAGAGUGAGGGAAGAGGUCACAGGGGGGUUGUUUCCAUGGCUGGAACUGGCAGGUUCUUUGUGGGAGGAAACUGGAAGUGCAAUGGCACUGUGGAGUCCCUCAAGAAACUCGUAGAUGAGCUUAACAGCGCUAAGCUCGAGGAGGAUGUGGACAUUGUCGUGUCUCCCCCGUAUCUCUACAUCAGCCAGGUGCUGGGAUCGCUCACCAAGCGAAUUGAAGUCGCCGCCCAGAACUGCUGGACUGGAAAGGGAGGGGCCUUUACGGGAGAGAUCAGUGCCGACCAGUUGGUAGACGGCGGAGUGAAAUGGGUGAUCCAGGGCCAUUCCGAACGUAGGCACGUGAUCGGCGAGACUGAUGCCAUGAUUGGGCAGAAGAGUGCGUACGCAUUGUCGAAGAACCUCGGCGUGAUCGCAUGCGUUGGGGAGAAGCUUGAGGACCGUGAAGCCAAUCGCACCACCGAUGUUGUCUUUGAGCAGUUGCAAGCAUACGCUGACGCCGUAUCGGACUGGUCCAACAUCGUGGUUGCGUAUGAACCUGUUUGGGCUAUUGGAACCGGAAAGGUGGCCUCCCCCCAGCAGGCCCAGGAAGUGCAUGCUGCCAUCCGGCAGUGGUUGAAGGAGAAGAUUUCCCCCGAGGUGUCCUCAAAGACUCGAAUCAUUUAUGGUGGUUCAGUUAAUGGUGCAAACAGUGCCGAGCUUGCCACUCAAGAAGAUAUUGAUGGAUUCCUAGUUGGAGGAGCUGCAUUAAAGGGCCUCGAGUUCGCUACGAUUUGCAAUGCUGUUACCGCAAAGAAGGCCGUUGCUGCUUAAGACGAUCUUGACCUCCAUUUUUGUGUGGGUUCGGUUAGAAAAUUGCAUACCCAACUUUUUUAACAUCCGAUUUUAGAUUUAACAUUAAUUUUAGAUCAUUAAAUACAUUGAAAUCGAUGAAACUGGGAUAGCAUCGGAAACAGUUUUUAUGAAAAUCCACUAAGGUAUAGGUCCUCGAGCUGUGAUGUUGACUCUGUCUUCCCAACUGUUGCGUGUGAGCGUUGGUUACAGGAGCUUGGUUAAUAAAGCAAUCAGAUCCGGCAUUUCUCUUGUACAAA